UGGGGUUGUUCCCCUUGUUCAUGUUGUAACCGACCUCGUAUCAUGUGGAUUAGGAAGAUAACAGGUGUAUGCAAGGUCAUCACCGCGUCCCAAUUUUCUUCUGUUUGUUACAUUUGUAACGUAGCAUUUCGCAAGAUGUCGACGACCAAAUCCCCUCCGAAGGUGUUCGUCACUCGUUACGUCCCGCCCGGCGGGGUAGAGGUGUUGUCACGGCAUUGCCAGGUCGACCAAUGGGACUCCCAGGACCCCAUCCCCCGGGACGAGCUGCUGAAGCGGGUGCAGGGUAUUGAGGGUCUUUACUGUUUACUGACGGAGCGUAUAGAUAAAGAGGUUCUAGACGCGGCGGGUCCGCAGCUCAAGGUCGUGUCCACCAUGUCAGUGGGAUAUGACCACGUGGACGUGGCCGAGUGUCGGAGUAGGAACAUCAGAGUUGGUUUCACUCCGGACGUACUGACCAAUGCUACAGCCGAGUUGACCAUUUCCCUCCUGUUGGCUACCUCCCGGAGGCUGUAUGAAGGAAUAAAAGCAGUGCGUGAGGGGAGAUGGGGGACAUGGAACCCGGUCUGGAUGUGUGGACAAGGGCUGGACGGUGCUACUGUGGGUAUAGUGGGACUCGGAAGGAUAGGCUUUGCUGUUGCUGAGAGACUUAGGCCAUUUGGAGUUGGAAAAUUCUUGUACACAGAUUCCGAAGCCAAGACGUACGCUUCUGAAGUGGGAGCAGAACGUGCUGACUUUGACACUUUAUGUAGACAGUCAGACUUCAUAUUGGGGUGUUGUGCUUUGACAGAUGAAAACAAAGGUUUGUUUAAUAAAGACGCGUACAGUAAGAUGAAGAAGACAGCCAUCUUGAUUAACACUAGCCGAGGUGGAUUGGUAAACCAGGAGGAUUUGUACGUGGCUCUGAGCACUAAUCAGAUACUGGCCGCUGGACUGGACGUCACAGUCCCCGAGCCUCUACCACUGAACAGCCCACUUAUGAGGCUGGACAACUGUAUUGUCCUGCCACACAUAGGCAGUGCUACAGAGAAGUCCCGGGCAGCUAUGUCAGAGCUGACCGGUCAGAACAUUGUUGCUGCUUUACAGGGAGAGAAAAUGCCUCGGGAAGUUCCUUACUAGACUCUAAGACUUGGACCCUUUUCUGACAAAAGAACUGCUACUCAACCUUUUGGUAGAUAUUUCUGGUACUUGAUUAGAGGAUUGGUAUCUUAGGUUAUUGCUUGAUUGGCAUUAACUUUUUAGUUCAACUGCUUUUAUAAGAUUUAUUCCCCCUUUUCUGAUUUGGUUUUAUGUGGGAGCAGGGUAAGUUUUAGUUGAUAACAAUGUUAAGAUAGUGAUAAUAUUUCUCGUUGUGUAAGUAGGGGUAGACAAUAAGAUUGCAAUAUCUGUCUAGUAAAGUAUGUACUGCAAUAUUGUUUUGCAAUGAUUUUUCUUCUUACUUUUGGGAGUUUCAGCAGAAAGCACAGUUACGAAAUAAUUUUACAGAAGUUGAUGAUAAUAUUUAGGUAUUUUGUUUCCAAAUUCAGCUUGCUUAGAAUGAUUAGUUUCAAAAUUAUGUAAAAUGCUUUGGAAUUAUUCAACGGAACUUGCUGAACUGGUACUUAAUUUUCAUUGGCUUUUUAUGUUGAUUUUAAAUAUAAUGAAUUUCUUGGAAUACGAUAUAUAUUGCGAUUCAUUGCAGUAUUUCUUUAAUUAUUGCAGGAUAAGAUAGAAUAACCAGGAAAAUGCUCAUGUCAUGAUUCUACAACUUCACUUUUAUUCAGACAAAUGACAAGUCCAGUCCUGUACACAAAGAUAUAUACAAGAUGACAAUCAAUCAACACAUUCUUUUGACAAUGCUAAAAGCUCUCGUGUGCAUUAAGGUGUUAAUUAAUUCGGAACAUCAAGUCACUUUUUGAACCUUACCAAAUCAAAGACUGGGCAAGUCCAUUUUAAAUAUAUAGAGGUGAAUGCAUUAAUAGGACUGGGGUGUAGUCUUAAAAAAUCAUCAUGCAGUCUAUUGGUCCCCUUAUCUCCCAUUCAGAAUUGGACCUAUACAGCAUAACCAGAUGACUCACUGUAUCUGUCCCCAACCUUUGAUCAGCGGGUACACUGUUCAUUUCUAUUUGAUUACUCCAUCUGGCUGUUGUUGUCUUUAAGACGUAGGGCCCAUUAUGGAAGUUUUAUCUUAUAAAUAAAAGAACAUAUUUUUGUGUCCUUGCACAUUUGAUUUUUUUAUAAGGAAACCAUCAAAGUGCUUAAACGUCUUAACGUUUCACGAGCCACACAAGUUACAAAGUGAUCUUAUUUCUAAUGGUGUUCAUUGGUAUUGUUACCAAAUGGAAAAAAAUACCAGUAAAACACUAUUCGGGUGAUACUGUUUUAGCACUGUUAUUGUGUGGUAACAUUUCUAUGGCUCUGAGCCCCGAGGUUUAAAAUUUCACAUAACAAAGGCAAAAGAUGUAACAUUAAUCCUUCAUCAGAAUCCCGAAAUUUAUAAUAAGGAGGAGAAAUGACGCCUUUGUGAAAGUUAAAUGAUACACAGUAUAUGCCAGGGAAAAUGAUACACAAUAUAUGCCAGGGAAAAUGAUACACAGUAUAUGCCAGGGAAAAUGAUACACAGUAUAU